AUGUCGGUCGUCUCGAGGGCGUGGGGCAACAAGUGCGCAGUUAAGAUCUUAAGAAUAGCGGGCGCUGCGCCGGGGGUGUCCACCACCGCUGCCGCCACCGCCGGAGACAAGGACAAGGAACAGCCGCGCCCGCAGCAGCAGCAGCAGGGAUGGGGGCUAGAUUGGAGCACUGCCUCCGGCUCUGCCGCCGGGAAACCCCAGCCGCUCCGGACGGCGACCGUGAGACAGGUAAACCUACCCGUGGACCACCCCGUCCCCGAGCAGCACUCCCUCGCCGCGGUCGACGGGCUCUGGGCCGUGAUCGCCAGCCCCCCGGCGGGCGGCGGGCCCGCUCGCGUCGCCGUCGCGCCUCUGGGGGGGGCGGAUCACUCGGCGGCUCAACACCACCACCACCACCACCACCCCGUCUGCGUGUUUCCCCUGCCCGCCGGGGAGCGCGUGAGCGGCGUCGCGCUUCUGCCCCGUGCAGGCGGCGGUCAGGCCGAAAGAGCUAGCGGCGGCCGCGACAGCAACGGUUCUUCGUGUCCGGGCGCUGCCGUACCCGCAGGGUCGUUGGGCUUGGUGUGGACCGACUCCUGCGUUUACCGCGUCGACCUCGGCGUAAGAGCGGAGGCGGCGGCGCCCCCCCAGCCGGCCGCCGCGGCCAGCCGCCGGCCGCGACUCCCUGUCCCGCCUCGGCACGCGACGGCGGCAGCGGCAGCGGGGACGGCGACCGCUGCUAUCGCGCUUCGUCGGCCGUCGGCGGCGGCCGUGCGCCGCGCGCGCGAGUUGCACGCUGCCGGGCGGGUGUCCGAGGCGGCGAGAGUGGCGAUCGAGGCCCUGGACGGGAAGAAUGAAACGUCGACGGCGGUAACGCCGGCCCGCGGGGGGGGCGGGGGCACCGGCGGAGGCGGAGUGACGACGCGCAUGGUCCGAGAGGAGCUGGCGAACACGCUCCUGGAGUGGCUAGUCGUGCUUCACGUGCGGCAGGCCAGCAGCGCCGCCGGUUCUCGCCUGGCGCCCGCAGACGACGCGCUGAAACGCGGAAGUGGAGAAGAAGAAGCAGGAGGUCUUCCGGACAGCUGUGCUGACGUCACCGGGAGCAGCGCUCGUGCCCCCGAAAAAGAGAAGAGUAAAACAAAGAGGGCGUCUGUAGCCGCGGGGGGGCGGGGGGGGCGCUCCGCUGUCCGGCGGGACCCCAAGGUGGGGCGGCCUUCGUCCGCCCGCCCGGCAUCGAAGAAGCACGAAGAAGCGGCUUCGAAGACGACGUCGAGCGGUGCCGCGGACGACGAUAGCCCGCCGGCGGCGGUUGCGUCGGCCCAGCCUUCGGCCAAGCAGCUGGAGCGCUACUUGCUGGCGUCGCGCGACUACGACCCGGUGCUGGCGACGACGCUGCUGCACGAGCACGGCGAGGCCGACCUCGCCGUCAUGGCCGGUAUCGCCCGAGGAGUAGGAGUAGGUGGGGCCGAGGCGUUGGCGUUGCCGAAGGUGCUACGUGUCCUUGCCGAGUCUGCGUGGCCGCCCAGGCUCGGGUCACGCGCCGUGGACACCCUCUGCGGCGACGAGACGGGAGCGGCGGCGCGGGAGGCCAUCCAGGCCGGCGGAGGCUCGCUGUUCGCCGCCCUGGAGCCGGGGUUGAAGCUGCGACUGCUCCUGUCGAGCAGAAGCACGCUGCUCGGCGAUGGGGGGGAGGGGGCGGCGGCCGUGGGAGAGGAGGAGCCGGAGGCGGCGGCGGGCGCGGGUGGUGCUGCACGGCCCCGUGCCGGCGAAGCAGCGAUCGCUCGGGUACGCAGCCACCUCGGCCCCAUCGUCCCCGCACUCUCGGCGGAAGAGCUGGACGCCCUCGUUUCCAAGCUGGCCCAGUGGUGCAAGGAGGACGUCGUCGCCGCCGUGGCGACCUCCGACCCCGCCGCGAGAAGACCAAGCGAAACCUCUGCCGCCGCCACCGCCGCCGACGCGGACUGCGAGAGCAGCAGCUGCAUAGCCCCUCCUCCGUCUAGUCCUGCUGCCGUCGAGGCUCUCGAGGUCCUUGUCGAGGCCUUGUGCGAGCUGAGCGGACGGAGCCCCCCCCCGGGUGAGGAUAACAGACGCGCCUGGUUGCGCGCGGGGUGCGUCACCACCACCGGGUCCCCUCCAGCGGUGGUGCCAGCCCGGGGAGAGGCGAGACCUCGCCGCCGCCUGGAAUGGGCACGGGCGACAUCCUCGCUGUGCGACCUCUUGGCCGACGAGAGCGGAGGGCUAACAAGCGGCGGCGGCGGCGUCGACGACGGUCGCGGUGGCGGUGGUGAAGGCCCCGGUGGCGUGGGAAUAGAAGAAGGCGGCCUUCCCUCCAAGGCCCGCCGGCGCCUCCUGCGAAUCCUGCCGAUUGUUUGGGGCUGGCACGACCCGGUGAGCGCCCUGAUGAGGCUGAGAGGGGCCGGGUGUUGGGCGGCGGUGGCGCUGCAGCUGGAGCUGUCCGGGAACGAGCGAGAGGCAGCGUCGGCGACGCUGCACGGGGUGGUGUCCUUGUUGAGGCUGUCUCGCGACCACGCACAACCGGACCUUGUCUCAGGUGUUCCAACGGGAGGAGGCCCGCGGGGUAGGGGGGGGUCGCGGGAUGGAUGGCGAGGGCAAUCGUCGCUGGCUGCGACCGGCCCUCUGCGGGCAGCAGCAGCAGCAGCAGCGACGGCGGUGACCCUAUCAUCGCCGGGGCCCACCGUCGCACAGAUGGACAAGGCGCGGGAGCUGGGUCUCGCGCCUCAGUUUUUGCUCGCGCUGAUGCGGUCUGCCGGAAAAACGCCGCCAGCGUCGGCCGGAGGGCGCCCCGCUGCACAGCAGACCGGCACUCCCCCGAACGUCGCCGGACCGGCUACGGGGCCGUCCCCGCUGACUCUCAUGCUCGACCACCGGGCGGGUAACGGCGGCGCGUCAUCGUCUUGGCUAGCGGCGGCGGCGCCCGGGCGCGAACGUUCAACGUCAGCCGCGGCGGGGAGGAGGAGGAGGAGGAGAGGAGACCGCGCGGACGCCGCGAGCGCUUGGCCCCGGGGUCCCACCAACAGCGGCGCCGCGCAAGGAGACGCGCCGCCAUCAUCGUCGUCUGCCGCCGCUGACGGAGAUUGUUCGGAGGACCCUACCGUUUGGGUGUUUUCCUGCGGGCACGAGUUCUCGCUGGGGCACCUUCUCCGGAGCGUGGUGCCGGCGAGCGUCUCGAGCGUCCGCCAGGCCACGGCCUCCCUGCAGCGCACGCAGCAGGUGGUGGCGCUGGAGUACGAGCGAGACCGCGGCGGCGCCGGGGCGGCGUGCCCGGAGUGCGCGGCGAAGGAGCUGGUGCGGCUGGCCGCCGCGGCGGCGGCGACGGCUGGCGCCUCCAUGCAGAGGGGGGCGGCGGCGGGCGGGGUGGUGGCGGCGGGUGGCAUUCCUGCCCCGCCGCCUCUGCCGCCGGCACGGCGGCCGCAGAUGCGAGACACACAGGGGGUUCGAUAG